AUGAACUUUUUACGUCGGAGAAAGAAGAGCGACGAUGACGAUUUAGGCGAGGAGACAGUAUCGCGGAUUCAGAAGUCAAGAAAGCCCCCAAAUACUGCCUUCCGGCAACAGAGAUUGAAAGCAUGGCAGCCUAUUCUUACGCCUAAGACGGUGAUCCCUUUCCUCUUUUUGCUCGCCGCUAUUUUUGCUCCAUUAGGUGUAGCUAUUGUCUACUACACAUAUAAUGUGGAAAAGUUGCAGAUUGAUUAUUCCAAAUGUGCCACUUUGGCCACAGAUUCGUACGCGAAAGUUCCUUCCAAGUACACUAAUUGGCAUUUCCGACACAAAAACACCGAUCCAGACUUCCAGUGGAGAGUGAUCAAUGGAACAGAUGCAGAUGGUGAUAGAACAGAGACGUGUUUCGUGAAGUUCAAUUUACCACGUGAUUUGAAACCUCCAAUCUACUUGUACUACAGACUUACGAAUUUCUACCAGAAUCACAGAAAGUACGUGGAUUCUGUGGACCCAAAGCAAAUAGCUGGACACGCCCUUGAUGCAGACAGCUUGUCAACAAAUUGCAAGCCUUUGCGGCUGGUAGGUGAUGGCUCUGAUGAAAAAGUGAUUUAUCCCUGCGGAUUGAUUGCAAACUCGCUUUUCAAUGACACAUUCAUCAGUCCUGUGUUACUCAACUCGAAGACAGGAAGCGACAACGAAACUUAUGUCUUAACAUCGAAAGGAAUCUCAUGGGCAUCUGACAGAAAACACCAAUUCAAGAAAACUACUUACAAACCUGAAGAUAUUGUACCUCCACCCAACUGGGCAAAAAUGUUCCCCCAAGGUUACAAUCUGAGUAACAUCCCGGACUUGUCUCAGUGGGAGCAGCUACAAAACUGGAUGAGAACUGCGGGUUUGCCCACAUUUUUCAAGCUCUACCUGAAGAAUACAACAACAACAUUCACUCUGGGAACCUACGAGAUACAGAUUGGUUUGAACUACCCUGCUUCAAUGUAUGGUGGCACCAAGUCGUUGGUGAUCACGACAAAUUCAGUUUUCGGUGGCCGCAACAUGACAUUGGGAAUUGUCUACCUCAUUGUUGCUAUAGUGUGCUUGGUGUGUGCCAUUGGUUUCUUCCUGCAACAUUUGAUCAAGCCUAGAAGGAUAGGAAACCAUAAUUUCUUGCAAGAAGGAGGCGCAGAACAAGCUCCCGCUCACUUCAGAGAGCAGCUCUAA